GCAGCUGGAAUAUUAAACAUUGAAGGGCACUCUACUGAGUUACCUUUCUACUGUUGCUACGAACAAAGGCAUGAUGCAUUAUGGUCUUGUAGAUUAGAAAUCGAAAUUCCUUCAUCUGCACUUUCAAAAGUGGACGAGGAAGAAAUGUCUUCCUCUUUCCCACUAAGAUGCCUACAAAUUCAGAUUUUAGAAAUAGCUCUGGCUCAUGUAGAUUAUGUAUAAAAGCUGUUAAGUGGGUUCCUGUAUUAAUAAUAGUUACUGUUGUUGGGUGGUCAUACUAUGCAUACGUCGUACAACUGUGUUGGUUCACUGUCACAUCACCAUUUGAAAGAGUAUAUUACCUCCUAUGUUACCAUGUAUUCUUUGUCAUGUUUCUAUGGGCAUACUAUCAAACCAUAUUCACGCCAAUUGGAAGUGUACCGAAAAAGUUCAAACUAUCACCAAUUGACAUCGACAAAAUUAAAAGAGCUGACAGUGAAGAGUCGCAAAAGAUGAUCCUUGAAAGAUGUGCUCAAAAUUUGCCCGUCAGCAAUCGAACUGUAUCUGGCGUUAUCAGGUACUGCGAUAAGUGCUGCGUUAUAAAGCCUGACCGCGCCCACCACUGCAGCGUGUGUGGUGAGUGUGUGCUGAAGAUGGACCACCAUUGUCCCUGGGUCAACAAUUGCGUCUCAUUCACCAACUACAAAUUCUUCAUCCUCUUUCUCGCUUACGCACUGCUCUACUGUAUUUUCAUCACGCUCACUAGUCUCCGCUAUUUCAUAAUGUUUUGGAAGAUCAUUGAUGAGAAAGUAGAAGAGAACAAGGAAGUCACUCCAGAUUUUGAAGGAGACGGGGAGCUGAUAGGCAUGGGCCGCUUCCAUAUUCUGUUUUUGUUCUUCAUUGCUGCCAUGUUUGCAAUCAGUUUGGUGUCUUUGUUCAUCUACCACUGCUAUUUAGUAAUGCGUAAUCUAUCCACGCUUGAAGCGUUCAGAGCACCAAUUUUUAGAACUGGAGAGGAUAAAAAUGGUUUCAACCUGGGGAGAUAUAACAACUUCCAAGAGGUUUUUGGAGAUAAUAGAACCUACUGGUUCCUCCCCAUUUUCACAAGCUUUGGAGAUGGAGUGGUCUAUCCAGUGAGAUCGCUGCAUCAGUCCACCCAACAGUACGACUCGGCAGGAGUUACGCAAAGUUUUGGGGAUGGUGUGACAUUCCCAGAAAGAAUUCACGAUGAGGACACUGAGUCACUGUUAGGAAGUCGACAGAGGUGGGCUGACGAGGACUCGCCCAGUCAUGAAGUGACCCAUUCGCUUAUAAGGGAGGCAGCUCCAGUCUGAUGGAAGUUAUAUAAAUGAAUUAAGUUUGAUAAAUGAUUUAUCAAAUGUUGUGACUUCUCGUAUUGGAACUUGAGACUUUAUUCACAUAUGCUUCUCAAAAACAAUGGCGCAUUAACAGACAAUUAGCUACACAUUUAAAGGAAACCAUUCAACUCUGAAGUGAUUGGUUAUGUGAGUUGCAUGCACUAUGGAAAUCUGCCCAAGCCACGUUUAACAAGGAAACAAACUUUUCUUAGUUCCUUAGAAUAUUAUAAUAAUGUAUUGUUAAUUCGUCUAGUUUUCUAGAAAACAUAUAUUUUCUGCAGUUGUGUAUAAUUGUUGCUUCAUCAAUUUAAUGUAUGAUUUAUCGUUCAUAAGAGUAUUUGCUAAUAAUUUUGUGAAAAGACUCAAUAAUGGAGUUUAUAUAUUGAUUUCAAUAAUACUGUAAUACCUACAUUUGAAAAUUUGUAUGGGCUUCAACCUUUCAGUUAUAAAUUUUGUAUUGAAAUCAAACUCAUGAAUUAGAAACUAAUUGAGCCAAGAACACAGAUACUACCAAUUUAAUAUCAAAUGAAAUUGAGAUACACCAAAAUUGGAGAUUCCCAUAAAUUAUUCUCCAGUCUUCCUGUCCUUUUUUAUAUCAAUCGUUCGAAUUCCCCAGCAAAAUCUUUGGAUCCCUUCACAAUCCCUUUUUUAACUUUCACUUUAGUAGAAAAUACAGUUUUUCAUUUUGUCAUUGUGAGUAUAUUCCAUUACAUUCAAUACGUUUUUAUACCGUACUGUAUUUAACAAGGUUGCUAUUUUCCAUCUAAAUGUAAAUGGUAUUUUUGUUAGUAACCGCAUAUAAAUGAUUAAUGUGUAUAGUAAGAAAUGAAUUACUUUGCCUUAAUUUUUUAAAUAUAAUAUGAAAGUUUUAUAAUAAUUUGUAGAUAAGUCGAUUGUUGUUGUAUGCGUUAGAUAAAACUUAUUUCUCCCAGUUAUUGUCAUUCAUUUAAUUCAACUUGGAAAUUGUGUUCUGAUUCAUUCAUUCUCAAAUUUUAUUAUGAUACAUUUUGAAUUAAUCACAAGGUGUACCAAGUUAUCUGUGGUAGUAUAUGAUAAUUUAUAAACGAAGUUAAUUUUUAAGGUAUUAAUACCUUUAUGAUAAUUUAAAAUCUCCACUUGAAACCCCUUACAUUGACUAUGGAUUGUUUACCACAUCUUUUAUUGCGUUGCUCAAUUUGUUUUUUCAUGAUAAGGCGAGAAAAUAAUUAUUUCAGUUCCCAUGUAGAGAUUCUUUGAAAGUCAACUUCCAUUUUGCUCCUAACGGGAAACUCCUAGAUUUUGGGUUUAGUAAAUAUUUUUGAUCACUGUGCAUAAAUGAGUGGUUAUCAUGAACACGGAUCAUGCUACUACACCCGGAUUACUGAGGAUCAUUUUCGAACAAUUCCACGAUAUCAUAUUAGCUUCUCAACACUCCUACAUCGGGCAUGAAUCUGCAAUUGUGGCAAGUCCGUGAAGGGGGAGUAAGCAAGAGCGCUCUGUAACUUGUUAUGUUUAAAGGUGCGAACAGAAGGUGUAAGUCGCGGUAAAUAUCGAUGCUACUAAACAGCUAUGCAAUGAUAAAAAACAUUCGAAAUCAUUGAUAUAGAUUAUACUGGAUAUACAGGAACGCUAGCGAGAUGAAAUCUACAUGAAGAAAUUUAAAUGGACAUAACCUACAUAGUAUUUGGACGAUUUGAGACAAAAUUAAGAAUUUGAAGAAGUUUUGGGCAGAGCCUGUUUCUCUUUUCCGACUAUUGUAUUGUUUGCUCUAUCCAAUCAAUAAAUAGAUAAAUAUAGACCUGACCGCACUGUUCGUACCCUCAGAGUACAUGACGCUUCACUCCCUCUGGCCACGAGGCCUCAACAAUAUUAUAGAUUUAUUCCGUUUGAAAUAUUGAUGUAUGAGAUUCUUUUGUAUGGCCUGAAUCUGAGAGGCCUCAAGACGAGUGUACGCAGGGUCCUUUCUCUGUGAAAGGGACAAUGUACACAGGUCUUGGGGCCUCGCCUCAAUUAUACAUGCACACUAUUUGAAUCUCAUACGCCAUUCUCUUCAUAUAACACUGAAGCUAUAUGAUUUCACGUGGCCUUCAUGCUGGUGUAAGGGAAGCGUGCCGAAGGUACCUCCUCACAGUGAUUCAGAGCGCUCUUUCUCAAUUGUGAUCUUUCUCCAUGGCAUCGGCAGACUAAGGGCCAUAUGCCAACACUACGUUCAGAGCUAAACCACGUUUACUUGUAGAUAUGGUUGCAUUUAUCAUAAUGUGUUUCUUACGGGGUUUGAACGAACAACUGACAUUUUUCCGUUUAAACCGAGUAUCUGCAUACGGACCUUUUACACUCAGUCCCGGUUCAAGAAUGCUUUGAAAUGUCAUCUCUUGGUUUUGUUCCAAAAUGAUAAUCAACAAGCAGGGUCUAUUUCAUGACUAACGCUCAUUGGUGUCAGAGACUAUAAUAUUUAACGGAUUCUUUUCUCUAUGUUGGUAAUCAGUUAUAAAUUAUACUUUAUGAAGUUUAAAACAUUGAGUUGCCAGGAAGGCGCAACAUGAACGUCCACUUCUGGAGAGUGACACAAAUUUUCAACGUGUGAACAAAAGUUAUUGUGUCUCAAUACACCAUUAAAAGCAAACUGAACAGUUUCAUUAAGCAAACAAAACCAAUGAAUUAUAUUAUUUGUAUUAAAGGUAUUGUUAUUGAUAUGAUCAUCAUCAUUAUCGAUGAUAUGAUAACGAUUAAAAAUUAUCAAUGAAUUCAAAUCAAGAAAAUAUUUUUUUAAAUAAACAAUUUUUUUUUAAUUUGCCGAAAUUUGUAUAAGUAUUAGUCUAUUUGUCAAAAUAUUAACUUCUAUUUCAUAUCGAUAACUCGUAUUAUCAUGACAUUAGUAAAGAAUAUUCAAAUUUGCCUGAGUCCUAUCAAUUUUCACAGUAUGAUAGGUCUAUUUCAUUCUAGUGAAUCUACUUUUCUCGACAAUCAAGAAAUAAUAAUGACUUGAUCAAUUUUUGUUGAUCAAUUUUAUUGUUCUUCAGCUAAUUUAUUUUUUAUAAGAAAAAGUUUUGUUCAGCAACUCAUAAAAAAUUAAAAAUAAAUAUCGCAAUGUGUCUUGUACUUAUGAAUUCAGUGGAAAUAAUAUUUUUAUAUUAUUAGUUCAAUGUAGAUGUUGAGAUGUCAGAUAAAUGAAUAAUUUCUAACUGAAGUAAUUUAACUUUUCAUCGACAGAAAGCUUUGUCCAUUGAUAGCCUUCCCUAAUAGCUUAUAUAGUGUGCUAGUUAUCCGAUUUUUGUAAGCUAAAAGUGAAUUUGGCUUUUUUAAACUAAAGUGAAAGUGAAUUCAUCUAUUUCAGAGUUUUUUUAGAAUCUUUAUUUUUCAGAGGAAUGGUGAUACCUCUCAUUUUAUACUGUUAUUAUAACCUUAUUAUCAAUAAGUUACUGGUAACUUAUGACAGUAUAGAUAUUAGAAAUAUUGAUCAUAACAUUUUAUUUUAUUUCAUUUUUGAAUGAAAUUGAGAGUAGAGGAAAGUAAUGGAUGUAGUGAUAUAUUAAUAACCAAUGUACCUAACUAGAAUGUAUUGCUAGGUAAAUUGGUAAUAACCAUAAAACUAUUGAAGAUUCCAUCAAAUUAUGAAAAACAAAAUUAUGGAAUAUGCCGUAUAUUGAUUGAAUAUCAUGAGUUUUCAUUAUUUGAAAUGAAUUAAAAACCCUUUAGUGCCGUACUUAACAUGAUAUUCAUUCAAAUAUAUUUUGCAUGAAUAAAAUCGACAAUACAAACUAGAUGACUGAUAGAUUAAUUGAUAGCUUCUAUUAUUUUCGUCUUGAAACGUUGCUUUGUCUAGCACAGACAGUAUCUAUCUAUAAUUUUUGGAUCAUCACAUUAUUUUAUUGGUAUUAAUGUGAUUUUCUAUAAAGCGAAUGGUCGGUUGUAAUAAAAUUGAUUUUGCUUUAAUAUAGCCUAUUGUAGAGUUGUUGAAUUUUGAUUUGUUAAAGCUAAUUUUUUCAUGAAUUGAAAAACAAACAUCUGUGUAAAUGAAUUAUUUCGAAUCGUUUGGAACUGCUUCAUAGUUCAACUAUUGUUUCUAUACUUAUCAAGCGAAUAUUUAAUUUUAUUAUCCUUGUCGAGUGUAAUCGUGUUAGUUUGUUCUACUUCAUUCCACCUGUAUAAAUCAUUCAACAUUUUCUACUUAUUUUGAGUGAUUGAUCACAACUUCUUUAGCAAUAUAAAGUUUUAUUUUUUAUCAGUCUUCUUUCUUAAAUCUUGCAACGAAAUCUUCAAUAAAAUGUGAACUAAUA